GCCUCAAGCUACAAGCUCCUGUAAUUUGGCUUUCCUAUCUUCUCCUCUCUCUCUCUCUAAGCUUGUGUUUUUCUCUCUCUAGCUCCAGGUCCUCUUUGGAUUCGAUCUGCAGAAACAGAAGCUGAAGGUGAAGAAGAAGCACUGAUCCAGGACUUGGGGCAGAGAAGCAGAAAUCCUUUCAGUUAGUUUUAUAACGAACUUUUUCCCCAUUUUGCCCCUCUAUCCUCUUCCAAUUUUCGCUUCCAUGCCACUGAUCCUCCAGCGCUUCCAGAUCUGAGAGCAGAAUCAAAUUAAUUACUCCUCUUCCGAACAAAUCCGCCGGAAAAAAUGAUCACCUGGAAAGAUUUGUACACAGUCUUGACGGCCGUGAUUCCCCUCUACGUGGCCAUGAUCUUGGCCUACGGCUCCGUCCGUUGGUGGAAGAUUUUCAGCCCCGACCAGUGCUCAGGAAUCAACCGCUUCGUCGCGAUUUUCGCCGUUCCUCUACUCUCCUUCCACUUCAUCUCCACGAACGAUCCCUACUCCAUGAAUUUCCGCUUCAUCGCGGCCGAUACGCUCCAGAAGAUUAUAAUGCUCGUCGUUCUGAGUCUCUGGACAAAUUUCACGAAGAACGGGAGCUUGGAGUGGAUGAUCACGAUUUUUUCUCUUUCCACGCUGCCGAAUACUCUGGUCAUGGGGAUUCCGUUGCUGAUCGCCAUGUAUGGUAAGUACUCCGGCAACCUGAUGGUUCAGGUGGUGGUUUUGCAGUGUAUAAUCUGGUACACUCUACUUCUCUUCCUCUUCGAGUACCGAGGCGCGAAAAUUCUGAUAAUGGAGCAGUUUCCGGAAACCGCGGCGUCAAUUGUCUCCUUCAAGGUCGAGUCAGACGUUGUCUCCCUAGACGGCCACGACUUCCUCGAGACCGACGCUGAGAUCGGCGACGACGGUAAGCUUCACGUGACGGUGAGAAAAUCGAACGCGUCAAGGCGCUCGUUCUCGGCAUUGACUCCCCGGCCGUCUAAUCUCACCGGAGCAGAAAUAUACAGCUUGAGCUCAUCGAGAAAUCCGACUCCAAGAGGCUCGAACUUCAACCACUCCGACUUCUACUCCAUGAUGGGGUUUCCCGGCGGGAGACUCUCCAAUUUCGGUCCGGCGGACAUGUACUCAGUGCAGUCUUCUCGAGGUCCGACUCCGAGACCGUCGAAUUUCGAGGAAAACUGCAUUCCAGGAGCUCAGAUUAUGAGCUCCCCGAGGUUCGGCUUUUUCCCAGGGACGACUCCGGCCUCAUCGUACCCGGCGCCAAAUCCGGAAAUCGCUUCCGUCGUCACCAAGCAGGCUAAAAAUUCACAACCUCAGCCGCAGUCGCAACCACAACCACAGCCGCAGCAGCAGAUACCUACUCAGAGCAAAGCCAACAACCACGACGCCAAGGAGCUGCACAUGUUCGUGUGGAGCUCCAGUGCAUCGCCGGUGUCAGAGGGCGGCGGGCUCCAUGUGUUCGGCAGCGCCGACUUCGGCGCAGCGGACCAAUCCGGGCGGUCCGAUCAUGGCGCCAAGGAAAUCCGGAUGUUGGUCGCUGAUCACCCCCAAAAUGGGGAAACAAAAGCUCUCGCCGGAGCUGAGGACUUCGGCGGCGAGGACUUCAGCUUUGGCGACGCCGGCGGGGAGAAAGGAGGAGAGGAGGAUGGAGAGAAGGAGGGACCCACCGGCCUAUCCAAGCUGGCUUCCAGCUCCACCGCCGAGCUACACCCAAAAGCUGCCGGAGUCCACGACCCAGCUGCCGGAAAACAGAUGCCUCCGGCGAGCGUAAUGACUCGUCUGAUCUUGAUCAUGGUUUGGCGCAAGCUCAUCCGAAACCCCAACACCUACUCCAGCCUCAUAGGCCUUAUUUGGUCUCUCAUCUCAUUCCGAUGGGAUAUUAGUAUGCCUGCAAUAGUAAAGGGGUCAAUUUCCAUUCUAUCAGAUGCUGGUCUUGGAAUGGCCAUGUUCAGCUUAGGCCUGUUUAUGGCUCUCCAACCCAAGAUUAUCGCCUGCGGCAACUCUGUCGCCUCCUUCGCCAUGGCCGUCAGGUUCCUCACCGGACCCGCCGUUAUGGCUGCCGCUUCCAUUGCCGUCGGCCUCCGCGGAACCCUCCUCCACGUCGCUAUUGUCCAGGCCGCACUGCCGCAAGGGAUUGUUCCCUUUGUCUUCGCCAAGGAAUAUAACGUUCAUCCGGCAAUCCUCAGCACAGCGGUAAUCUUCGGGAUGCUGAUUGCUCUGCCCAUCACUCUAGUGUACUACAUUCUCCUGGGAUUGUGAACAAUACUGUCAGGGCAAAAAUUGAUCAAGUAUAUGCUACUAACCAUACGAUGCCGUUUUGUGAAGGCUCUUGGGGCAUUUGGAUAUUGAAGCCAGCGUAUUUUGACAGAAAGAGUCCCUAAAAUACGAGGAUCCAUGUAGAAAUCUGUUCAAGGGUGGGGUGGGGGACAGAGGAGAGGAAAAGAGGGGCAGAUAAAGACAAAAGUAGCUUUGUUAUUUUGUAGUUUCUCUUCUGAGGAAAAAAAAAAAAAAAAAUUGAAUUUGGGCUUGCUUUGUAAAGAAAGUUUCACUUGAUAAUUCAUCGACCUUCGCCCAUUGGUGUGACAAAAUUAAGACCAACUUGUGGAGUCAUGGAGUAGAGAGCAGAGUGAUCAUUGAGAGGGAUGGAUCAAUAUAUUCCUUCAAAAUUUGUUCUUAAAAAUAGAAAUCAAAAUGAGUCUUGUUUGUUGUUUUGCU